UUUCUGUCCCUUACAGUGAGCUUGGAGGAGGCACAAGUGAAAGAAGUCUUGAGCAAGAAGCAAGAAACCCUGAGGACCCUUUCCCUGCACUGCCAGGAGAAAGACACCGAGGCUCUCAGGCAGCUGGCAGUGACUGAGGAACGCAAGAAGAGGAUAACCGAGCUCAGCUCUAACAUCCAGGAAGAAAGACUCAAGAAAAGGAAGCAGAUGUAAGCCCUUGUUCCAGCUCUUGGUCAGUGCUGGAAGGCUUCUGGGCUGGAGGGCGAAGGAAUGAUGGAGAAGCACAAGAGGGCAGACACACUGUCCCAGGAAAUGAGCAGCAGCAACAGGGAGCAGCUGCUGAUGGAGGAGAGGCGCAGUCAGGAGAAGCCUGGCAGCAUCCAGGCCCAGCUGGGCGCGUUGAGCGGGCCUGAGGGCGGGGCCGAAGCCCCAGCUGCCAGCGGUGUGGAUGCCUUCCUGCGCAGUGCCGAGGCUGCUGCGGCCGUGCAACUGCUUGAAGAAGAAAACAAGAAAACUAUAGAAUUCCUGGAGGCAGCCUCUCUCCAUUAUCGCCAGCUGCAGCAGAAAUACCAGAGGAUGAAGAAGCAGCUGGAAGCUAUUGGCCACAGAGGCAUGGGAGGGUCUCAGGAGAGAAGCCCAAAGGGGGCUGCUGGAGGGGAAAGCAGCCUUGUUACCGAGGCUGUCAUGGAGAUUCCCCCAAAAGAUCAGCAAGCCAAGCCUGGCAUUGGCCACCCCGCUGGCUCAUCCAGAGAGAGGUUCACGGGGAAUCGGAGCGCCCGUCACCUCAUUGUUACUGUCCUACUACACCUAACAUUGAAGAUCUCGUCAUCCCUGCUGGUCUCCAUUGACCCCAACCCACCCCAAGACCACCCAAGUCCCCGCCCUCCGGAAAAACCCCUGUCCCUCUGCUCCCUCUUCCUCUAA